AUGUUUUACUUUCAUUGUCCCCCUCAGCUGGAUGGAGAAUGCUGUCGGACUAAUACGUUGAACACCAACGGGUUUGCCAACCAUGCCUCAGCAGGUGAUUUUGAUGACGGCUUUCUGCGGAGAAAACAACGUAGAAAUAGGACAACAUUUACUCUACAACAGUUGGAAGCUUUGGAAGCUGUCUUCGCGCAGACUCACUACCCGGAUGUUUUCACGCGCGAGGAACUGGCCAUGAAGAUCAACCUGACGGAGGCGCGUGUCCAGGUGUGGUUCCAGAAUCGCAGGGCCAAGUGGAGAAAGACAGAGAGAGGGAGUACAGACCCUGACGGAGGGAAGGAGCAGAUGAACGAGGGAGGCACUCCUCCGUCCAGGAGUCUGAACUCCCAGUCUCCUGUGGAUCAGAGCAGGAAACAGAAGGAACCUUUGGAGAUGCAGCAGAGUAUAAACCGAGCGGUGGGUCCUGGUGGUCCGUUCUUCCCCUCCUGUCUACCAGGAACACUCCUGAACUCAGCCACCUAUGCCCAGGCUCUGUCACAUGUUGCCACAAUGAAGGGAGGUGGUCUGUGCUCAUGCUGUGUUCCUGACCCCAUGGGCCUGUCCUUCUUGCCCCCCUAUGGUUGUCAGGGCAACCGUACGGCCAGUGUGGCGGCCCUGAGGAUGAAGGCCCGGGAGCACUCCGAGGCCGUGCUACAGUCAGCCAACCUGCUGGGGGCCGGCCACGGGCAUGGGACUGGAGUAGGAGGCAUGUCGGUGCUUGGGGUGUCUGGUGCUGGGUUGACGAGGCCCGGGAUGGGCCCUGCCCUGGGAGUAGUAUCUGGAUCAGUGUUGGGAGUCUCUGGAGCCGUGGGGAGAGGCUCCAGAGACGAGGCUCCCAGCCCAGGCUCCAAGACCCCGACUCAGGGUACCGGGUCUGACAAACACCCCCUCUGCCCCAAGGAACCACUGGAGAAAAAGUGA